AUGGCAAAAAUCCUUUCUUUUCAUCCUUAUUCAUCUCCAACUCCAUUUUCGAACAAGACCCAUCAUAGAUUAUCGAUCUCAUCAAACAUUAAUGCUUCUAACAACAGCAAUCUCCCUCUUGCAAGCAAGAUUAUAGUCAGAAACCUAUCUUUUUCGACAAGUCAGAGUCAUCUAGUGAGUGAGUUCUCAAAGUAUGGGCGGAUAGCUGAAGUAAAACUUGUCGAGGAUAAAGCUACGAAAAAGCCAAAAGGAUAUGCAUUCAUACAAUACACUUCACAAGAGGAAGCUAUGCUUGCUUUAGAAAGCAUGGACCAUCAGUUUUUUGACGGUAGGACACUGUUUGUUGACAUUGCGAAGCCCAGGAAGUCCGAUUUUGGUGAUUAUCCGAAAGCCUCUGGCCCUCCUCAAGAACAUAUGGUGAUAGAAGGUGCUAAUAAUGACUAA